AUGGGCCUUGUCCACAACUUCUCCGGUCUCAUGGCGGCGCGAUGGUUCCUUGGCUUGACUGAAGCUGGCCUGUUUCCGGGCGUCAAUUACUACCUGUCCUGUUGGUACAGGCGCUCUGAAUUUGGCAUCCGAGCAGCCAUCUUCUUCUCGGCAGCGGCUCUUGCCGGUUCAUUUGGUGGCUUGCUAGCCGCGGCCAUCGUCCAGAUGGAUGGUGUGGGAGGGAAGCCAGGCUGGGCAUGGAUCUUUAUCCUGGAGGGUCUUGCGACGAUCAUCAUUGCCGGGUUGUCAUAUUUCAUGGCAAGUCUGAUAGCGUCAGUCCACGAUUUCCCGGAUGAGGCCAAGUUUCUUAGUGAAGAUGACCGGCGUCGCGUGAUCCGGCGUCUGAAACUUGACAAGCAAUCUAGCGCCGAGCACGAAGCAUUCAAAAUGCAAUAUUUCUGGGCAGCUGUCAAGGACUGGAAAACUUGGACCAGCGCCCUCAUUUAUCAAGGCUGUGAUGGCGCGCUUUAUGCUUUCAGUUUGUUCUUGCCUACAAUUAUUCAGCAAAUGGGCUAUAAAAGCAUUCAUGCACAGCUACUCAGUGUGCCACCUUAUGCGGUGGCGGCGGCGACAACGAUAUUUGUCGGGUUUAUUGCGGACAGGAGCAGAAUGAGAGGCUACUGCAAUAUGGUGAUGGCCUUUUUCGGCAUAAUCGGCUUCGCCAUGCUUCUGGGCUCAGGAGAACCGCAUGUCCAAUACGCAGGUACGUUUUUGGGCGCUAUGGGAAUAUAUCCGUGCAUUCCGAACACAAUCACCUGGACGGCGAACAACGUUGAAGGUGUCUACAAGCGAGGUAUUGCCCUAGGAUUCGUGAUUGGAUGGGGUAACCUGAAUGGAAUCAUGUCCAGCAACGUUUAUCGUGCGCAAGACAAGCCUCGAUUCCGACCCGGCCACGCCGUGGUCCUCGGCUACGAAGCUCUCUUCCUUCUGGGUGGCAGUAUCCUGCAGCAUGUCCUAUUGAGGAGAGAGAAUGCCAAGCAUUGA